CGCGCCGUCGACCGAAGCGGACGCGUUGGUGUCCUCAAAAAUAAUAAAAGUAUCUAAUGAAUACGUGCUUGGUGAUAACAAAAUGAAACUUGUUGUGUCUGUAUUAUACGUGAUUGCCUCGUCGAGUCUCGUCCGAGGGCAAUCAUGCAACCCGCCCGGCGGUGGCGUUGGGGAAUGUAUAUCGAUACUAAGAUGUCCAUCUCUGGCUGCGCUGGUCAGCAAACCGACGAGGACUCAGGAGGAAGUGAAUCUGCUGAGAGGAGCGUCGUGCGGAUUUGAACGGACCACUCCUAAGGUAUGCUGCCCAGCAACAUGCUCCACCCCGGAGGGCAUGGAGGGGCAAUGCGUGGACAUCUACCAGUGCGGGCAUCUGGCUAGCAUGCUGAAACCGCCCGUCCCUAUGGAGGUGAAGCAGUACGUACAGAAAUUUAGAUGCAACGGCCCGUCACGAUACAGCGUGUGCUGCGGCCCCGCGCCCACCACUCCGGCGAGCGGCGUGGAGGUGGGCAACUGCGAGAACCGGGUGUUCGCGCUCCCUCCCGACCCGAGAACGCGCUGCUGCGGCGUGGACAGCAACGGAGCCAACAAGCCUAUCCGUGGAGACAUCGACAAGGCAGAGAUCAACGAAUACCCGUGGCUGGUCAUCAUAGAGUACUCCAAGGACAAUAAGAUCAAGCUGCUAUGCGGCGGAACCCUCAUCAGCUCUCGAUACGUGUUGACAGCCGGCCAUUGUGUCUCUGGGAAAAUCCUGGCUCUUGGCACACCAAAGAACGUCCGUCUCGGUGAAUACGACACCACCAACGACGGCCAAGACUGUGUCGACGUCGGCGGGGGCCAGGACUGCAACGACCCCGUCUUGAUCGUCCCCAUCGAGCGUUACUUCUCACAUCCCGAGUACAAUCUGUGGUCUAAAAAGAACGACAUUGCGCUGAUUCGAUUGCGGCAGAACGCGCCUUUCACAGACUUCAUCCGACCCCUCUGUCUUCCCACCACGGACGUGGCAGGCCGGUCGUCUUCUUUCAACAUGACCACCGCCGGAUGGGGCGCUGUCGACGACGACAUAGUUAGUAGCAGCGCCAUCAAGUUGCAUGUUCAGUUACCCUUCGUUGAAAUACAGCAAUGCCAAGCCGCGUUGACAAAAUUGCGUCCGCCCCCCAAUCUCUGGGAGAAACAAAUAUGCGCCGGCGGUCAAAAAGACCGGGGCUCUUGCAAGGGUGACUCUGGCGGUCCUCUGAUGCUCGAGAACGUGGACGAGAGAAGAUACGAGUUGGUAGGAGUGAUCAGCUUUGUGUCGUUACCGUGUGGAGUCGAGAACAUUCCGGGAGUUUACACCAAAGUGUUCGCUUACAAGAGCUGGAUCAACAGCGCCAUACAAAAAGAUGCUUCUAAUUCUUGACGAGUCAAAUGGUUUUUAUUUGAUUUUUAUUUUUGACCAGUAAGUAGCCAAUUUGUUCAAACAGGGUGGUUAGACGAAAAAGUUUUAAAUUGCAAUAAGGCGGAAUCUAAUGGAAUUUAAAAAUUUUGAGAUGUUUAAAAUUGUGAUAUUUGGAUCUAGCUUUCAGCGUUUAGUUGAAAUUUUUCUUCCGUUUUGGUACUUUUAUAAUUAUUCUUUUAUUUUUAUGAAAAUAAAAGCUAUUCCAAUAUACUUUAAAUGUCUAGCGGAAAGUGGCUGAAUUGUAAAAAAACUAAUUAAGGACUAUAACAACAUUAUUAAAUCUAUGUAUGUAUAUUCAAACAAGAAGAUAAGGCAAUUGACAUUUCCAAGGUGGAAUUCAUGAAUUGAUUAGAAAAAAAAAACAGGGCCGACAUUUCAAUACUUAGAUUUUUGAUGAUGAUUCCAUUAUUUGAUAAUAUUACUUUAAUUUUUCUUUGCAGUUCCAUUUUUGUUGCUCUUGUAGGAGUAAUCAAACAUGUUGUCUAUGGUCGAAAGAAAAAUAAUUAACUAUUCCACACUUGAAAAGUCAAUUCAAUGAAUUUUUUUAUAAUUUAGUCGUUAUUUUCAUUUUAAAGUUAAUUAAGAUUGUAGUCGCCAGAAACAUUAUUGUUAAGACUAUUUAUAGGUAUCUCAAUUAGAUAGGUUUUUGAUGUGACAAUCUCUUGCUUUUCAGCGCUUGUUUAUAAUUAAUAAAUUUUUGACCAAGUGCUAUUAUUGGUUGUUGUAUUAUGCAUUUAUUACGUUUUGUUCAUUAGAAUAAAUAAUAUUUUGUUUUAUUAAAUCGCAUUUGUCAAUUACACUA